GCAGGUCAAGCUUGCUCUCCAUGGUUACACGACCCCCCGUAUAUCAUGGUCCUGUCAUUUCAAGGCUGUACGCCGGCCACAUCUUAUUACCGCCCGCGGGCGUGUUGCUUUCGAACAAAGAGCAUUCUGGCAGCUGCUCCCAGGUUUCCACAACACUACUACUAAACUGGCCCCACUGGAGACGAGUUUUGGUGAGUUAUGUAAGUAAGCAGUGCUGACCGUGGCUGAGGUCGCUCCGCUCUCCAUGGGCUUUGGAGAGUGGGCUAUGCUGGUGAACCGGCAAUGGGCUUUGGGCCCAUGUACAGUCGCUCCACGAUCCCCUCGAGCACUUCCCCCAUCACGUACCUGAGAGCGCUGCUUGUUGCCGUGCUGAGCGCACAGUCCUCUUUGAUUACCUGCAACAAGCACCUCCCCUGGAUCUCGAAAGCUAGGUUCUACGAUAUCUGAUUUCUUGGACUGGUGAUCGCGGGUCAGACUCCGCCCGAACUUGGCCUGGCAAUGACCUUUUCACCACCAACCUACUCUUACAACUGACCCCCCCGAUUGCUGGCUACCCAAUGUGAACAACCGCCUGGCCCCCCCUUUUUCGACAUUGUCUUCAAACGGCCAUCCGUCAUCUUCGGCUUGGGCUUGAUCCAUUCCAGUUCACCUCGUCUCCAUCUGCUUAAAACGUGGCGUGGGCAGCACGCUCCCUACCACACCCCCCUCUCGAGCCACAUCUCCAUUUCCCGCCCUUGGAUCGCUCAGGCCCCCAAAAGGAUCAAAACGUUCUUUGACCAUAUGAGCAACGUACGACGGGGACUGUAGGGCUGCGCUAAAGGGGAGAGGCGUGAUUCUUUCAAAAGCGUUUAUCCGUCGAGGAUAUCCCCGAGUCGAAGGCUCGUGGCAUCAGCAACCCACCUCAACCUCAAAAAGAUCCGGUCAUCAGCAUCUCUCGUCUAUGCCUUCAACGUGCCGUGCCUAAAGGCAAUUUGGAUUCCCCCAAUACCGGCCAAUCAUUGAAUAUCGUCAUUACGCAGGCUUGCCUCCAACAGAAUCUGUGCGGACCCUUUUCCACCGCGGGGAUAAAGCAGCACCUAUUUCGAGAUAUUAUUUAUCGGAGCGGGCCCGGUGGUUUUGGGACAGUUCAGUGACCGCCAACUCUCCGUUCCCUAUCAGCCAGAAACUUCGUCGAUCGGAACCCGACCAUAAAAAGGACAUUCAAGAUAUCUCGAGCUUGCUCUUGCAGGCUCGGCUGUAGCCUCAGUCAACAUUGCGUACCUUAACUCGUGCCAGUCCACUCCUUCCAUCUUGUCGGCCUCGCCCUCAGCCUCGGAGCGUACAUCCAGUCAAACUCAGAGCGCGACAUACAGCGAGAAUCGGGUCUCGGCCGCAAGUGGUCGAGGUAGUGGUCGUCUCGGCACCUAUCAAGGAGGACAAGACCAAUCCAGGUCGCUAAUAUCGACCAACACGGGGUCACAGUCGCAUCAGGAGGAGAGGCAUCAUCCAGAGCCAUUUCCCUACCCAAGUCAUCAAUAUUCUUGGACGUCAAACCAACAGCAAGCAACUUCGUCAGAACUACAGCCCACCGGGCUGCCUCAAUAUACGCUGCAACGACAAGGAAUGGCUGCUCAAGUUCUUCCUACGCCGUCAUCCCAAUUCCCCAACCACUUACCGUACGGGAACGAGAUGCUCAAUUCCUUCCAGAGUAAGAAUCCCAACGUCACACUUUGAGUCUCCGUUCCUGUGUGCUGAUUAGGGGUUAGAUUUUGAAAAUCUGCCACCUGGGAACGCCGCCUACACCUCCGGACCCCCACCACAACCACUUCUGAUGGUAUCUCAACCUUCAAUGAAUUCCGAGGUGCCAUAUCGCAGACGUUCCUCCAAUUCGCCGCAGGCGGCCAUGAGCGCGCCCGCAAUUCGUGACCGAACCCCGAUUCGGCACCACAGACCCAGCCUUUCUCGCGGUCGCAGUCACAGUCGGAGUGAUAUGCUAUUGGCCUACGCUACCGAACAAAACCAGUUGCAUCAGACGCAAUCACUACCGUCAAUGGCUGCUAUGCCAUCGCAAAGCGCAUCUACCAUGCCACAAAUGUACAACAUGCCUUCGUACAGCAUGUCGCCUCCCAUCACCAGCUUCCAGCACCAAGGGGGUUAUUUUGGAUCGCCGCUUCCGCCACCCACGGCACAACAAGACACGACGACAGAUUAUCCGCUACACCAAAAUGAAACGGAAGCCCACACGUUCUACCCAGUGGGGCGCACAACUUCUCAUGGCUCGGCAAUGAGCCUGCCCCCGCCCGAUUCCCCCAAUGCUUUAUACCUGCACGGUCAGCCGCAACAUAGUCAACAACCGUUACCCUCGAUCGGUAUGGCGAUGCAACCUUUCCCACCGGUACCACUCACGUUGGAAUCUUCCCCAGCAGAAAUCGAGAUCAUGCCAUCCAGACCCAAACCACAGUGCUGGGAUCAUGGGUGCAACGGACGCCAGUUCUCUACCUUUUCGAACUUACUACGCCACCAAAGAGAGAAAAGUGGCAGCGCGGUCAAGGCCGUUUGUCCACACUGCGGCACGGAAUUUACCAGAACCACGGCUCGAAACGGUCACAUGUCGGGCGGCAAGUGCAAAGGCAGGCCCGAGGGGGAGAGUUCGAACCGAGCGAAAAGGGAAUCUUGAUGUUUGGCAUUUGAUUGUUAGGACUGCAUUGCGAUGACGACGAUAUGAUUUCAAGCACCCGACGAGCAAGUGGAGUAGGCAGGACUAAAUCGGGAUCUGACAGCUGUUGCACUUCAAAGUCAUGGGCCGAUGAUCACUUGUUCGCGGGAGGACAACGGGGAUGGCAACGACAAAAGAAAUCGGGCGCAUACUCGGGUACGGCGUCUGGACUCUGCUUGCUUGGGGG